AUGCCCAGUCUGUCGUACAUUUGGUUCCAGACAAUCGGACCUAGAUACGAAGAUCAUGGUCCGAGAUUACGCUGGCGCAAUUGGCGCUCGCUGGAACAGAUGCGAGAACGAGCGACUCUCCUUUUCAGCUUUGGAAUCAUCUCACAACAUUCUUGUCGUCCCUUUAGCUUCUACUCGCUGCACCCAACUAAUUGGGGAACUCAGCGAGGCAAUGAGAACGAGGGCGGCGGCGUACAAGUAGUCCAAGUGUUCGAACUUGGAAUCCUCCUCUCUCUUCUGAGUGAAGGAAAAGCAGAGGGUUUUGACAAUGUCCUGGGCCGCAGUAAUAUACUUGAUGGUACCAUCCUGAACCACGGCCAGAAGAGGAUCCACGGGUUCUGUCCCAUGAACCGUUUGAGCCGUAUCGAACGGCAGCUUUGA